AAAAAAUCAACAAAAGAGAAAGGAGAUGAUUAUCAAGCAGAUCUUGUAAUUGAAUUAGUUAAAAAUGGUAUUGAAGCUAAUUUAACUAAAACAUAUAUUAAAAAGGAUAAUCAAUUCAUACCAAUUGGAGAUGGAGGUAUUGAUAUAUUUGGAAAAUUUGAAAUAAUGAAUUAUAUAAUGCAAGCAAAAUAUAGGACUAAGAUUGAUGAUAAUGAAGUAUAUGUUAGUCCUAAAGAUAUUAGAGAAUUUGCUGCAAUUUUGAUAGAACAACCUGAUAGUACUAUUGGAUUUUUUAUAUCGAAUGCUACAUUUUUAGCUAGAUCUAAAAAUUAUGCAGCAAAUUCAAAACUAAAUUUGAUACUAUGUAAUGAAGAAAAUAUUGUUGAAAGAAUCAAAGAAACUCAAUUAAAACUUGAAAAAAAUUCAAAAGAAGAAAUUGUUAUUAAGGAUAUAACCACUGAUGAGAAGACAAAUACUGAUAUAUUUGAGUUUUUUAAACGUAAUCUUAAGAUGUCUAAUGAAGAAUUUUGUAAAACAAAAAAAAGAAAAUAUAAUGAAAUUGAAAAUAUAGAAGAUGAAGCAGAAAAUAUUAUUCUUCAAGAAGAACUUGAAAAUAAUUAUCAUAAAAUUGAACGAGAAUUAACUAGUAAAAAAUGUUUUAUAGAUUUAGUAGAAGAAAAAGCAAGAAACAAAUUGAGACAAAAGUAUCCUGAUAUUUUAUUUGAAAAUAACAGGAUUAGUAUUAAAAAAAGAAAAAAGUCUAAUGUAAAAAAAAUAGUUCUUACUGGAACUAUUGGAGCAAGAAAAACAAUUUUUUUUUCGUUUAUAUCAAAAUAUUUUGAGAAAAAAGGAUUGAAAGUAUUUAUUCCAGAAGAGAUUUCUCUUAAAAUCAAAGAUGAUUUAGAUCUUUUCUAUAAAGAUAAAGAGAAAUAUGCAUUCUUUUUUCAAGAUUUGAUUAUUGAUACAUACAAAAAGAUGAUAGAAAGUAUUGACUCUGCAACUGAUGAUUAUGAUAUAAUUAUUUUUGAUCGAACUUAUUUUGAUACAGAAGAAGAUAUAUAUCUGAAAGAUAAAGAUGAAUAUGUAUUAGAUGAAGAUGAGAUUAGUAGUAAAUAUGAAGGAGGAUUAGUAUUAGAACCAGAGAAAUUUGAUAUUACAGAUCUUGAUAAAUAUCUGAACAAAUAUUCAGAACUAUUGAAGAUACCAAUUAAAGAUUUAAUUAAUUAUCUCAAUACAUUAGAUAUACUUCAUUAUUUUAAGAGUUUAAAAGAUAUAUGCUCUAAUAUACUUUGUUGUAAUGUGAAAGAAGCUAAAGAAAUAAUCGAAAAGAUAACUCGAGAAGAAAAUCAAAAACUUAUUACUAAGUACUUUGAAGAUCAUUCUAUUAAGUUAGAUAAUUCAAGUUCUUCAAAUAAUUCAGAACCUAAGACUGAAUUAUAUGAUCAACUUCAAGAUAAUUUUUACUAUGGAGAUAAUGAUGAUAAAACAAUAAUAUCUAUUGUUUUUAAAUAUAUAAAAUUAAAAAUAGAUAAUAAUAUUAAACUAACAUUUGAUAAACAAUAUUUAUUAGUAUAUCAUGAAUUAAAAAAUCAAUUUGAAACAGAAGUAAAUAAUGAAAUAUAUCAUCAUAUGGGUAUUAAUAAUCUAGAUAUAGUUAAUUUAGAAGAGUUUGACAAUGUAAAGGAAGAAGUUGAAAAUACUAUUACAAGUUCUGCAUAUAUUAUUUCCUCUUUUACUUCUAAUAAAGAGUUAAAAAAAUAUAAAAAAUCAGAUAAUUUUAAAUAUAUUAUUAAUUGUGAAGCUAUGCAACAGUAUCCAAAAUUAAGAAGAACAUAUAGAUUAUUUAAUGAUAUAUAUUCAUCUUAUGAUAUAAACAAAGUAAAACAUGGAUUUUAUGAAGACAAGAUGGUUAAAAGAAAAUUAUUUCGAAACAAAGAAGUAAAUUAUUGCUGUGAAGGUGUUAAUCAAAGUUCAAUUUUGAAUAUAUAUGAUCUUGAUAAAGUGGAAGAGUUACAUAUAAAACACUGUGAUUUUUGUGCUGAUUUUAAUUAUUGUUAUCAUAUAUCUCAAUCAUUACAUGGACAUAGUUUUUAUUUUCAUUGUGAUAUAUGUGAAAAGAUAGAAAUUCAUAUUCAUAACAUAUAUAAAAAAUGCUUUGAAUCAAGUUAUUCACAAAUUCUUAGAUUUGUAAAAGAAACAAUUGUUGUUAAAUAA